CCAUUGUCCCACAAGUGACACUGGACAAAUUACUAGCGUUCCCCUGCAAAUAAUACUGCCCUUUUUCUUGUUGGAAGUCGAUGUUUUYUCAUACAAAUUCUCAUCCCAAUCGUAAUUUCCAGGAGUGGCAAUAUUUGGAGAGAGAACAGUAUGGCUUUUUUUUUUCAAGACCGAAAUCGGACUUCCGCUACUUGGAAUUUCGGGUGCUGGAUUCUUCAAUAUCAAUGAUAGUGAUAUAACAGUUUUGCCAAGUCCCAUUUGAUCGGCAAUAAAGCCACCACGAAUCACUUUCGGCUUAUCCUUCCGAAAUUGUCUCAAUAAUGGGUUAAAGUAAAGUUCAUCUUCGUGUCCUUCGCCCCUGUUGGGAACCUUGACCCAAUGGUAGGAUUGAAUCCCGCCCAGUAUUCGUUCGCGCUCCAACGCCCACUUUAAAGACUGGCGUUGGAAAUCCAACAGCUCAAUCGUUAAGCCCUCCACGCAAUCCUCUGUUUCGUGACCUAGAUUUUCAAGUUGAGUCAAAGUUUGUUUGAUGCUGAACUCAGAUGGACGUUCGCGAAUUUGUUUUCUAGCAUCCCUAUAAUAACAGAGUUCUGUGACAACAUUUGACUGGAACCCAAGGACAAAAUCGAAAAAAUUUGAUUUGGUUCUAAACAUUGAACCCUGACAAAUUCCUUCUACUGAAUCUGAAUCGACAUUAUAUGAUGAUGCCAUAUGUUUAACGAAAAGUUCAGAAAAAUAUCGAACAAGGGAGUUGCGAAAGAGAUCAGAACAACUGCUUCCAGAGGGAGCAGAGGUACAAACACUCCCACUAAACUUGGAUGCAUUGCUUGGCGCCAAUGUUAAUUUACUUUCCUUGGCGAUCUCAUCCUCCCYCAUYUUCACCGAAAAGGAUUCCAGUUUUUUUCUCAAGAUUGGAAACAAAUUAUUAUCAAUCUCUUUUAUCUCUUUUCUUGGCAGCGACUUUUUGUGUUGAUUUCGCUGUUUGUAUUGAUUUCGAAGUUUUUUGGUAAUAUACCGGUAUGAUGAAUUCGACGCCUUCAAAAUACCACACAAUUCUGAUACUUGAAAUGGAAACAUGCCAAACCACAGUCCCAAAAGAUGAGGAAGAUAUCUUUGAAGAGCACUGUGUUUAUUAGACACCGGAUGCUCCACCAUGAAACACUUUGGGAGCAUGAAUCGAAGGGUGAACCGCCCGAUCUUUGACUCCUUGCACCAGGAUGCAUUGAUUUCAAGUCCAUCUAUUUUCUUUUCGACAAUCAAAUAUAAAAGCUGCAAUUGCUUUGGGUCGCCAACGAUAAUAGCAUCAGUAUCAUCCAUUCGUUUGUGACUUUGACCUAUCGGUUUAUUUGGAAUGUUUUCCUCCGCAACACGUUGAAUUGAAGUGUAUAUGUUCUGAAGAUUUGGAGACCUUCCAAUACGAUGGAGAAAAACCUCCUCCUGUCGCUCGGCUUCAUCGUAGUGCCAUUCCGCUUUACCAUCAUUAUCCUCCCAAUUUACCUUAUAUUCAUCAAGCAAUCUUGGGUCGUGUGCUUUGAUUCGAAACGGGAUUUCUUUCUGUCCGAAGAAGUAGGAAUUCUUUUCCUCGGUAGAGGUAGCUGCUUUUUGGUUUUUUUCAAGAUCCUCAUCCGAAGCAACACGGCCACAAUACUUACACCAGUCGUCACUAGAAGGUGUAACACCACGGUCAGGACGGAGCCUAACGAACCAAGAACAGUGGCGACAUUUUGUCAACUCUAUAUCUCGCGGUGCAUCCGGAUUGGUGGGUUCAAAUGGACCUGGUCGACCAUAGGUCGACAAUUUCCUCUUUUGUCGCUCUCUUCGAUAACAUUCCUCUUCUGGAUUAGCUGCCACGUGCUCAAAAUUGRUGCAAUCGAUUCCGGGUUUGUCACAAACGUAGCACCAGCACUUGUCGCAAGCGAGCCKGUCGCAAUCCUUCAUGAAAUGGAACCCUUCGGGAGGUUCAUCUUCUGCUCUUUCUUUUUCAUCCGUUACUUUGGAUCGCAAACGCAUAUCCUCCCAGAUUCUAUCCUUCUCGGUAGCACAGCAAUGGUUAUUUUUCGGAGUAGUUGAAGACGACGAGUGCCAAUUCUUGCAAUCCUUCACGGGACAAUCGCAGACGUAACAAUAGCACAAAUCACAAGACUGUUGAUUSUCCCGGCGGACGGAUACAGAAAGCUUUCUGCUUCGUGUGGUGCGAAAAGGAAAAGAGGUGCAGUGCUGUCGCAUGUGCGGCAAUCUCGUCUCGUUCAAGACACCUUCGACUACCACAUCAUCUUCGUUGUCGCCAGUAUUGCCACCACCCGCAGAAGCCUUCCUGGACACGGAAUCAGCCGCUCUGGUGAAUUUGGGAGCCUCGGCUUGUACUAUUUCGACGUCGUCGUACAUCGUGGCAAGAUCAUUGUUUGGUCUUGCGGACGACGGAGAUGUCUGUCCUUCUUUCUUCACACGAGCCUUUUUCGAGACCCUGGAAACUUCUGCGGUCUGAGUCCUUUYGUCUGCAGAGUUUGWCUUGGUAGUCUUGGCGUCUGAAACAAGAUAGCAAUGUAGAAAAUACGUGGGAGAUUUGGGUUUGUAGGCAUUGCUUUGCUGAUUCAAUCAUGUCCAGUUCGUUUGUUCGGUAAACUUACAGCUUGCUGGGGGAUCAUUUUCGUCAUCACUAGAGUCGAGAACAAUAACCUCGUCGAUUGCUGCUCUCUUUUUGCCACCAGACUUGGGCACCAAUACUCUUCGAAGRUCAUCGAUAUCAUCAUCACCAUCCUCGGUGAGAUCAAUACAAGCGAAUUCUGAACCAUCAGCAACACAAUCGGGAGACCGCUUUUUGCGUUUCUUCCGUUUGUCGUUGCUCUUCGUCUGUGUCCGUGACGGUGUAUUCCCACGUUUGUUGUUGUUCGCUCGCGGCAUCGUUCUGCUUAUGAGAUAUCACUACUAUUUUGGAUGGUGACGAUGGUUGCAGUAUAUCGCAAGUCGUUCUGCAACUUGUUUUCUGGAACUUGUUUUCUGGAAGCUGAAAGAAAGUGAACCUAAUCCUAACAGCUGURUUGUAGAUUUUGACGCGUUGAGUAAAUCAGGUCGUGCAAU